UAAAAAUGUUGGAAAAUAACUAGUUUGGUUAUACAUAACGUAAAGGUAAUUACUUCAUUCGACAAAUCACAUUUAUUCCAUCGAAAUGUGGAACACUAUUUGGUCAAUUUUUAUUUUACUUUUUAUGUUAAUCACUUCAAUAAUUGGACUGAAUAAAAACCAGCCAUGUUUACGAUCUGACAACGGCCAUCUAUAUGUCGAAAGCGCUAUCAGCCGAAAUAUUUCUUUGACUACAAAAGGACAAGGAUUUAUAAACGUGAAUAAUGAAAAUUUAUUUCAAAUUGUGGCAUUGGCUAAAGAAGCUUGGGAAGUAAUUGAAGAAUUUCGAUCAAGCGAUUUGCCUGAGUUCGCGGAAACGAUAAAAAAUGUUGUACCAUUGAUAGACGGGCCGAGAAGUUUAGCCAAUCGGAUUACCACUUUAGAAAUGCAAAUUUUAAAUGUAUCAACAACAAAAUCACCUAUUAAGGGAAAAGGUGGAACGACAUUCAACACAGAUAAAUUAGAAGUUAGAUUGACUAAUUUGGAAAAAAAAAUCACCAAUCUCGUUAGUCUUUUGUCGAUUAGCGAAUGCUUAAGUAACCCUUGUCAGAACGGUGGGACGUGUAUGGAUCUUUACAAUGGAUUUCAAUGUAAUUGUCCAAAAAAUUGGCAGGGUAGGUUGUGCGAAUUGGACGUAGACGAAUGUGUACGAUUCAUGUACACGGAUUUAGGGUGUCAAAACGGUGCAGAAUGCAAAAACACGCCGGGAAGUUACGAGUGCGUGUGCGCGGCGAACUGGUUCGGUUUGCACUGUACGAAAAGGAAGAACGAUUGCAACGGCGCAAUGUCGUCGGAACUCUGCGGUAACGGCGUGUGUAUUAAUCAACCGACGACGGUUGGCUACACGUGCAUUUGCAAUCAGGGCUGGACCACGGACGGAGGACAAAGUCCGGCCUGUACGAAAGACGUGGACGAAUGCAAGGACAACAAGCACACGUGCUCGGCAAACCCACCGGUCGAGUGCAGGAACACCAGAGGAUCGUUUACUUGCGGAAACUGUCCCGCAGGCUACGAGGGGGACGGUUUUGUGUGUACUGACGUCAACGAGUGUUUGAUAAAUAACGGUGGAUGCAGUGUAAAUCCCAAAGUUCAGUGCAUUAACACGAGAGGUUCGUUUAAGUGCGAGUUAUGUCCACCUGGCUAUAGUGGUGAUGGGUUUAAUUGUGUUUAUAAAUCUGGAGGAGCCUGUGCGAUAAACAACGGAGGGUGUCAUCCAAAUGCUGAGUGCACUGUUUAUGCUGAAACAACAAUUCAGUGUACAUGCCGGCAAGGGUAUAUUGGUAAUGGAGUAGGAAUGAAUGGAUGUAUUAUACAAAAUAGAGCUUUAACAGAUCCUUGCACGAAUAAUCCUUGUGGUGCCCACGGUGAAUGCUAUGUAAAUUCAAAUAACAGUUUUUCGUGUCACUGUAACAUGGGUUAUACAGGACGAACAUGUAAUGUCAGAGAAGAAAAUCCAUGUUUAGUAAAUCCGUGCCAUAAUGGCCAAUGUGUCCCUGAACCAGGACCUGGUGAAUUUACUUGUAUUUGUACUAGUGGGUAUUUUGGACAGUUAUGCGAAUCAUAUGAAGAUAGUUGUGGUGGUUAUUUUGAUACAUCUAAUGGAUCAAUACGGUAUCCUCAGUCAAACACAACAUAUCAGAGCAAUAUGAAUUGUGCGUGGUUUAUCGAAGUACAUUCGUCUCGUGUCAUAAAUAUAUCUUUUGUUUGGAUCGAUAUUGAAAAGGGGAUGACUUGUUCUUUGGACUAUGUCGAAAUCAAAAACGCUAACGAUGAUGAUGGAAAGGUGUUGGGUAGAUUUUGCGGAAGUACAUUACCUUUAAACAAUAGCAUUAUUUCAAAUACGAAUUCAGUUAUUGUACUUUUUCAUUCUGAUGGAUCCAAAAAUUUACGAGGUUUUCAGUUAAAUUACACCACAAUACAACCAGAAUGCGGUGGUACAUUAGAUAUUGAAUCACAUGGAACAUUAUCCUCUCCCGGUUCUCCGGGAAAAUAUCCACCUAAUCGUGACUGUUAUUGGACUUUGAAUGCCACUCCAGGAAAAAGAAUUCAAUUAAAUUUUUCAUUAAGUUUUGAACCGAGUAAAAAUUGUAGUUAUGACUAUUUAGAGAUUAGAGAUGGUUUUACUCAGAACAGUCCAAUAUUAGCGAAAUUAUGUAAUACUUCUAAUAAUAGUUUGCCUCCUCCUAUAUUGACUUCAGGUCCACAUACAAGUUUGCACUUCCAUUCCGAUAGGUUUUACCAAUACUACGGAUUUCAAAUGACAUACACUGUAAUUGAAGGUAUACCUGGAUGUGGUGGUAUUUAUUCAAGCCCGUCUGGAGUUAUAUCUUUUCCUACACAUUUGACCAGUGAUAGCUUUGAUGAUUUGGACAAUAUUAAUUGUGAGUGGCAUAUAAAUAUGCCACGUAAUCAGAAACUUAAACUUGAAUUCGUAAAGAAGUUUGGCAUUAAAUAUUCUACUGAUUGUUCAACAGAUUUUUUGGAAAUUCAUGAUGGCCCUAAUAUAAAAUCUCCAUUAAUUGGUCGUUAUUGUGGUUCAAAUAAAUAUGCUCAACCAAUAAACACAAACAGUAAUGAAGUAACUCUUCUUUUUAAAUCAGAUUUUUCAUCACCAUUUGAAGGAUUUACAAUUAAAUAUGAAACGUUAUGUGGUGGAAUAUUUACUGAUAGUAAAGGUAUGAUAGAAUCACCAUUCUAUCCAAAUCCUUACCUACAAAAUAAAAUCUGUGAGUAUCUAAUUGUACAACCAGUUGGCAAAGCUAUUCGAUUAUCAUUUUUGGAUAUGGAAAUGGAAGAUCCUUCGUAUCCAAAGUGUAAUUUUAAUUCUUUAGAGAUUAGAGAUGGAGACAAUUCUAAUUCAACUAUAAUUGCAUUGUUAUGUGGAAAUAUUGAAAAGCUUUCUGAACUUCCUUAUCUAUCAACACAUAAUUAUAUGUGGUUAAAAUUUUCUACCAAACAAUUUAAUUCUAUUAAAGGAUUUCAAGCCAACUAUUCAACAAUUGACAUAACAUGUGGUGGUAUCUUGAAGGAACCUUCUGGUAUCAUACAAUCGCCAAAAAAUCCAGAAAAAUAUUUACACCGACAGAUGUGUAAAUGGGUUAUAUCUGUAAAUGAAUCUAGUUUAGUACAAAUAAAUUGGUUAUCAUUUUCCUUGGAUAACCAACUUACUUGUAAUAAAGAUUAUGUUGAAGUUUAUGAUAAUAGUAUUCGAGGAAAUUCUUCAAAAGUGGCUAGAUAUUGUGGAUCUAAAAUACCACCAGCGCUGACUUCAUUAGGUAAUCGUCUAACAAUAGUUUUUAAAACUGAUAAUUUAGGAGCACUGGAUGGUUUUAUGUUAAAUUAUACCUCAUUAAAUAAAUCACAAGCAUGUGGUGGAAACUUUUUCACCUCAGAAGGUCUUAUUAUGUCACCUGAUUUCCCACGUGACUAUCCCGCAAGAAAGGAUUGUGUUUGGACUAUAACUGUACCAGUUUCAAAUCAGAUUGAGUUAAACAUUAGUAAAUUUCUACUCGAAGAAAGUACAGACUGCCGUUUUGAUUUUGUGGAAAUUCGAAAUGGAGGAUAUCCUACAUCACCUUUAAUUGGGAAAUAUUGUGGAUCUAAAAUUCUUUCUGUUAUAUCUUCAACUGGAAAUUCGCUUUUUAUAAGAUUUGUGUCUGACGGAACCUUUGCAACUAAAGGUUUUUUUAUGCAAUGGUAUACAAUUGCCAAAGGUUGUGGUGGAACAUUGAAUUCGGGUAUUGGACAUAUCAUAUCUCCUAAUUAUCCAUUGCCUGUAGUAGAAACAUUAGAAUGUUUUUACAAGAUUGCUGUGUCGCAAGGAAGUCAAAUCAAGCUAACUAUAUUAGAUAUAGAGUUAGUAACAGACAAUUCUCCUGGAUUAUUGUGCAAAGACGAUUUCCUAGAAUUUUAUGAUGGCGGAAGCUCUGCUAAUAAAUUGUUAGGAACAUUUUGUAAAGAUACUAAUGCAUCUCAAUUUGUACAUUCAACAUCAAAUCAAAUGUAUAUAAAAUUUAGAAGUAGUGGUUUUUCUAAAGGUAGAGGUUUCUCGUUGAAAUAUUCUACUGACUGUAUUGUAACUUUAAAAGGAUAUCAAGGAGCGAUUGAAAUGGUUAAAGAAGAAAAUGAAAAUGCCGAUAAAUGUAUUUGGACAAUUGUGGCACCUAAAAGAAGUACAAUUAAUAUGACUUUUACUGUGUUUAAAAUGUCGUUAAGUUUCAAAAGGACGUUAAACGAUGACAUUGGCAGUGACGACGGAAAUAUACUUAAACGACAUUCCAGACAAAAUGGAUUGUUUCGGCCACACGUCUCAUUAAAAUAUCCUGGAACGUACUUGGGUAGACCUUUAAUUUUUCAUUCACUUGAUUAUUAUUUCCAUUGUAAGGAUACAAAGUUAUUUAUUACUGAAGGAACAAAGAUGAACGAAAUUAAUACUGUUUUGUGGAAAAAUAAUUGUUCCAUAGAACCUCAUUCUGUGAUAUCUUCAACUAUGAACAUUGUUAGAAUUACUUUUGAAAACAAUCGGGAAUUUACGGACAAGUACGAUAAUUUUCGCAUCGAAUGGAUAGUAGAUGGUUGUGGUGGUGUAUUAAAUAAAAUGCAAGGAGAAUUUACAUCGCCUGAAUAUCCUAGAUAUUAUAGUUUUAGUACUACUUGUGAGUGGAAUAUUAUCGCCAAUGAUGGAGAUAUUAUAGAGAUAACAAUACAAGAUUUAUGGUUUGAAUCUUCAGGAUCUUGUUCAUUUGGUUACAUAGCCAUUUACAGUGGAAAUGAUGAUUCUGGAAUAGAAUUGUUAAAAAUGUGCCAUAAACAAACAAGUCCAAUCACAGUAACGACUAGUGGAAAUGAAGCUUUUGUGAGAUUUGAAUCAGACGAAGAUUCUCAGAGAAAACGUUUCAAUGCUACAUACAGAACAAUUGAAUCGAAAUGUGGUGGAAAAUUUACUGCUCCUCAAGGAGUUAUCCAUACUAGUAAUUAUCCACAAAAUUACGAUUCUAACAGUUCUUGUAUGUGGUAUAUUGAAAUAGCAAAAACACAUUUAAUUAACCUUACGUUUGUUGACUUCAAUACUCAGAGUUCUCCUUCAGGAAACAAAGAUAUUGUUCUAGUAUAUGAUGGCAAUAUUCAUGGGAAAUUACUUCUUAACCACUCUGGAAAUAGUAUACCACCCCCGGUUAUAUCUUCAUCUAAUAUUCUUCUUGUAUCUUUUGAAGUCGGUAAAGACGACUUCCAAGCAAAAGGGUUCAAAGCAAUAUAUUCCACGGCAUGUGGCGCAAAAUUAAUAACAAAUGAUUCAGGAAUUAUCACUAACAACCCAUAUUUCACAAAUGGUGUACCUGAGAACUGCACUUGGACUAUUAUAUCUGAUAUACCUCAGUCAAAAGUCACAUUGACUUUUACUCAUAUCGAUAUAGUACAUUAUUUAGAACAGUAUAUUAGAGGUGAAAAGUCAAAUAUAACUAAUUACCCUUGUUCUAACGAUUUAUUUCACACAAUAUUUCGAAUUUUGGAUGGUCCCGAUUCUGAUGCGCCUGAAAUAACUAAAUUUUGUAAGUCAAAUCCAAUGCCACCACCUAUUAUCAGUAAUGGGCCGGCUAUGCGUAUAGAGUUCACCGAUAACUCUGCUGCGUAUGAUUCAUUUACUGCAUUUUACUCCGUAAGAUCAAUAGCCUGCGGUGGAACUUAUGACUCGAUAAGAGGAACGAUUUCUUCGCCCAACUAUCCAAAUAAUUAUUUCAGAGAUUCUGAAUGUGUUUGGGUAUUAAAGUCCUCUGUUGGAAAUCGCGUGUCUUUGAAUUUCAUUGCUUUUGAAUUAGAAGAAGACGAGUUUUGCAAUGAAGUUUAUGUGGAAAUCAGAGAAGGAGAUUCUAUGGGUCCAGUCUUAGGUUCUUUUUGUGGUCCAAAUUUGCCAUCUAAUAUUACUUCUGGUUUGACGCUUUGGGUCAAAUUUCGUUCCAAUUCUCUUGGUUCAGCUAAAGGAUUUACUGCAGAUUUUAAAUAUGUUACAAAUAUUUAUUUAACAAAACAAUCUGGAGAAAUCUCCAGUCCAAUGUAUCCCCGAACAUAUAGAUAUAGUGAAGAUUAUUCGUGGACAAUAACGGUAGAUCAAGGAAAAAGAGUUCAAAUUGUGAUCAAUGACUUAAUUUCUACUUCUGAUAUUCAUGAAUUAAAAAUUUACGAUGGAAAUAGUAUCGAAACAUUAAUUUUAUUUGGACUAAGUUCUAUUGAUUACGAUUUAGUAUUGAAAAGACCUAUUACAUCAACCGAUAACACUGUUUUAAUACAAUUGAAAGCAGGCAAUACAGGAAUUGGAGGGAUACGGUUUUUACUAUCUUGGACGCAAAUAGAUGGGCUAAAUUCGAACCAAGUUUUACCUAUGUUACCAAAUAAAUUUAAUAGUACAAGUUUUGAUUAUUAUUUAUCACCAAACUCAAAUAGGAGUGUGACUAUAACAAGUCCUGGUUAUCCUUAUGGUUACGCACAGAAUCUAAAUGUUACUUGGAUAAUACACACGGAAUCACAUUACCAUAUUAAUAUUGAAAUUAUUGACAUAAAUUUUUAUCCCAGUCAUACAUUUCAAAUAUACCCUGGAAGUUAUCUUGAUGUAGUAACUGUUGAUCCCGAUACGGCAAAUACGAUACAUUUAAAAACAGUGUAUGUAAAUACGAAUCAAAUUAACGAUAAAAAUAUAGUUGGUAAGAAUAAAGUAGUAUUAACUUUCAUUUCAAACAAGUUAUUAAAUGGAUCAGGAUUUAAAGUUGAAGCAAAAUUAAGAUGUGGAGGUCAAUUACAAGGACCAUCAGGAGUCAUUUACCUAACUAAUAUAACAAAUCUAUUUGAAUCAUUGCACUCGUAUCAACUUCGUUGCACUUGGAAUAUCACUGUACGACCGGGAAGAACGAUUUCAGUGAAACUUUUGACCAUGAAAUUAUCUUCACAUGAUUUAUGUAACGAUAAUUAUAUUUUGUUGAAAAAUGGAUUCUACGAUGAUUCGUCUUUUAUUGGCAAAGGGAAAUACUGUAAUGAAUCUGAAGAAUCUAAUGAAUCAACAUUGUCGACUACUAAUAAUAAGUUACAGAUAAAUGCUGUACUAGUUAAAGGAAAUAUAAUCAAAAUAGCAUUCGAAGAAAAAUCAAUUAAUUGUGGUGGACAAAUUUAUUUGAAUGAUAUAUACAAUAUUACUCAAAUCACAUCUCCUUCAUAUCCAAAUAUACCUCCAGCACACAUAGAAUGCAUUUGGACGGUAGUCGUGCCGACUGGUGAACGGAUAUCUGUGACCAUUGAAGACUUAGAUUUCUCUGUUAGUAAAACAUGUGAAACAGAAUAUUUGGAAUUCAGAGAUGGCGCAGCUCGAUUUUCACGAUUAAUAAGUCAUAUUUGUCAGAAUCCAGAAAUUCAAGAUAUCGAAACUACAGACAAAUUUUUAUACAUAAAGUAUUUUACAGAUUUAAAUAUGCCCAGCAAUGGUUUUAAAUUGAAUAUUAGUAUAGCAAGAUGUGGUGGUACACGACGUGCAGCUCAAGGUAUAAUAUCGUCGCCUAAGUAUCCUGGCUCAUACGAGUCAAGUAUGGAUUGUGAGUACAAGAUCAUCGCUGCACCCGAUAUGCAAGUUGUGUUGAAAUUAGAGACAGUGAGUCUUAACCGCCGGAAUCCAAGAAUUGGAAUUGUCGAAGAUACGGCGAACAACGAAAAUUACGACGACACAUUAACUAUAUUUGAUGUAGAUCCUUUAAACAAAACAAGAGUAAAGAUAUCAACAAUUUUUGGUUCCGAUGUACCAUUAAAAGACUUUAGAUCAUCCGGUCAAGAAUUAAUUAUUAAAUUCAAAUCACACAUUAUAAACGAGCCAUUUCGUAUGAAUAAUACAAAAGCAAAAUUUUUAAUGUCAUACCGCACAGCGAAUAUUGAUUGUCAUAAGAAUUACGACGUUGAAAGUGGUGAAAUAACCAGUCCUCCUUUAACUAUUCUGAGUUCUCGAGGUAUGUAUUGCACUUAUAAGAUUAAAGUACCCAAAGGACGCAGAAUUACCAUAGAAAUAAUCAAAGGAAAAUCGCUUGCUCAAACUUGUGAAAAGAAUAGUAUGCCAGAAAAUAUGUUUAAAGAAAAACUUGAAAUUUAUCAAGUGGUAAGUACGGUUAUUCGGAAUGUUGCAUGUAUUGACCCUGUUAUUAAUCCUAUAUCGUUGAACUAUAUGUAUGAAUCAAUUUCAAACGAUAUAUUGUUGAUUUAUGAUGGCCCAAAAGGUAUUACAGAUGGUUUUCAUUUUAAAUUCUCAUCGGACAAACCUUCCAUUUGUGGGGGUAUAACAGAUGCCAGUAUCAAAGGUACUCUAGAGUUUCCAGUUAAAAAUUUAGCCAGGGGUUAUUGCAAAUGGGAUCUUACAAACAAAAAUGGAACGAUUGUAAUAUCAAUAAAUUUCCGUAUUAAUGAAAGCCAAAUGCUUUGUCAUGAAGAAAACUAUUAUCUGUUACUGGCUACUGAUGAAGAUGAAAGUGCACGAGUAUUACUAAAAAGGUGUUGUCCAAAGUCAAAUACGAACGACAAGUUUACAGUUCUAAGUCCUACGCCCAUGGUUAAGCUUUUGGUGUAUACAAAUCCAAUGAAAACUAACAUCACGGGGACUAUUGAUUAUAGCGUUAAUUCAUGCGGCGGUGUAAUAAAUGGACAAAAAAUAACAAUAACCAGUACUAAUUAUCCUAAAAAUUUUGGUAAAAAUUCAAAAUGUGCUUGGUAUUUAAAACUUCCUGAAGGUAACAAUGUAGAUAUACGUUUUAAUGAUUUUGAUCUCGAUUCAUCGUGUGAUAAUAAUUAUGUUAUGUUAUACGAUGGCCCUGGUCCUGAAAGUCCUUUACUUGGAAAAUAUUGUGGUAAUAUUUUGCCGGAGAAUUUAGUUGCUGCUUCAAACGAAUUAUGGGUUAUAUUUUCAUCUGAUGAUGAUAAAAGUAACAGGAGAGGGUUCAAUUUAACUUUAGAAUCAAUACAAAAUGGUUGUGGCAAUAUUUAUGCAAUGGACCAAGGAGAAAUUUCUACAAGAAAUUAUCCAAACUUAUAUCCAAACAACGAAGAAUGCGAGUGGACUAUUGUGGUAUUACCAGGCAAUAGAAUCAACUUGCAAUUUGUAGAACGUUUUAAUUUGGAACAAAGUGUAAAUUGCACUAAAGACUAUAUACAGGUUUAUAAUUUUAUAAAUGAUAUUUGGACGCCACUCGGAGAUCGAUUGUGUGGUCGUCAAAUUCCACCACAAUUCAACUCGUCUGAAACAAAACUCAAAAUUCGUCUACGAACUGAUAGUGAUGUACAAGGUGAUGGUUUUAAAAUCAAGUGGAAUAGUUUUUGUGGUGGGAUUUUUACUCAAACUAUCGGUAAAAUCGUUUCACCAAAUUAUCCAAAACAGUAUCCGAAUAACAUAGAAUGCAACUAUACGAUAUCAGCCCCCGGAGAAGAAAUAAAACUAAUUUUUAAUUCAUUUGAAAUGGAAGACCAGAAAUGUCAAUAUGACAAUUUGACAAUUUACAACAAGGCAGGCGUAUUUGACGAUGAAACAAGUCAUUUCGUUGCCACAUAUUGUGGGAAUAACGUACCACGUCCAAUGACAUUUAUGGAUAGUGUCAUGAUGAUAUUCAAGGCGGACUUUUAUAUCACAUUUGGUGGAUUCGAAAUACAAUAUGAGAUUCAAAGAUGUGGAGGAGAAAUUACGAGUCCGGGUAUCAUUAAAUCCCCAUUAGCUAUUAACGGAUUAUUUGAUGAUACUAAGUAUCCAGAUGACGUAAACUGCACUUGGAUUAUACGUGCACCACCUGAUCAAGUCGUACAGAUUAUAUUUACUAAAUUUCACUUGGAAAGUUAUCCACCUCAUUUUAAUGAAAGAACACCAAACUGUUUAUAUCAUAAUGAUUUUGUUGCCGUUAUUGAUGAGUCUGACUUAAUAAAUAAUAAUUCUCAAGGUUUACGCUUUUUUUGCGGAGUUUUAGAUACAAAGUUACCAGAAUUUGUGUCUAAAACGAAUUCUACGUAUGUACAAUUUAUUAGUGAUUCUUCAAUAAGUGGCAAAGGAUUUGAGGCCGAAAUUAAAUUUACUUAUGGUGAAUCUCAUGGUUGUGGAGGUACUAUAAGGUUAAAUCAAACAAAUAACACGUCCAGUUAUACAUUGAAAGCCCCAAACAUUACUGUGAAAACCGAUUUGGAUUGUGGAUGGUUAAUAUUAGUAGAGCCGUCGUAUACUGUUCAGAUGCAGGUGAUCAGUUACACAGAAACACCGAAAUGUUCAAACACAACAAAUUGUUUAUGUAGUACUAUGCAGUUUUAUGAUGGUCCUGGACGUUCAGCAUUGAAAAUUCGUCAAUACUGCUCAGGAAAUGUAGACUAUCCUCCAUUAUUAUCGUCUGGUAAUGACGCAUUUAUUAGAUACUCCAGCAUUGCUUCGGACGUAGAUAUACAUUUUGAGAUAAAAAUAACACCAGUGAUAUCGAUUUGUGGCGCAAGUGAAUUGUCUGUCACCAAUCAAUCAAAAGUAUUAACGUCUCCAAAUUAUCCAUUACCAUAUACGAACGAUUUAAUUUGUACAUGGUACUUACAAUUAGAAUCUUUAAGUUCAUCUCUUCAGUUACGAUUCACGGAUUUGAAUUUAGACGACACCAAUGACUGUUCAUCUAAUUAUUUGGAAAUAAAAUACAUACAGUGGUUGGAAUGGUCAUACAGUACUUUUCGUCUUUGCCACGAAGAUCAUGUAUUUGAUUUUAUAGGUGAACCUUCGAAAAUGUUUAAAUUGACACUUCACACAGUUGCCGACCAAAAAACACCAAAAGGCUUUAAACUAGAGUAUACGACAACAAGGUGUCCAAUAACAUACACAAAAAGCUAUGGGUAUAUUCAUCAUGAAUAUGAUCAACAAAUGUCAACGGGAGAAGAAUGUUUAUUCAUAAUAAACUUAGCUCAACCAAAUUUAACAAUUUCUUUAUAUAUUACAACGUUUAUUUUUAUGGAAUCAUCGCUAACACCAAUGUCUAAUUACUUGAAGAUUUAUGAUGGGUCGUCUGUCUUAUCACCACUGAUAACAACGUUGAACGAUAGGAUUAAGAUUCCUCUUCCUGUAUUUUCAACGGGUCCAUCGUUGACGAUUGCAUUUAAAACAACCGACAAAUAUGUAGGAAUGUUGGACAUGAGUUACACUUCUACAGAUCAAGGUAGAGGUUGCGGUGGAAAAAUGUUCAAUAUGGAUGGCACGAUUGUAAGUCCAAGGUUUUCUAUGGUAUACAAUAAGAACUCAACUUGCAGGUGGGAUAUUGCGGUUCCUAGACCACAUCCAAUAACGAUUCAAUUUAGAGUGUUUAACCUUGGUUCGAGAAUGACAUGCAAUACCGAUUAUUUAGAAAUUUACAAUGUCGAUCAGAAAACAGGAGAAUCGUCGUUUGUUGCUAAAUACUGUGGCGGAGAUACUCCAGCGGUCCACACCAGCGAUACAGGAGCAGUCUUCGUUCGUUACGUGACAAGCACACGCAACACCGGUACGGGUUGGGUACUGCACUUUAAUGAAAAAAGCCAUAUUUAAAACAGUAUUAUAAUACUUAUUGCUGUCUACGAAUUAAACAAAAAUAUUACA